AUGCCUCCCCUUUUGGCAAAUGCCGGGGUUGGUGCUGUGUUAUAUACAUCAUAUCUCCAGGUUCUUGGAGCCUUGUAUGAGCCAGUCUCCCGUGGGGUGAAGCGUAUCUAUCCACCUGCUAGUCCGUUAUGUACAUUUACAGCUGGAUUUGCGGCUGGAGCUCUUCAAUCGAUAGUGGCUGCGCCUUUAGAUGCUCUCCAGGUUCGUCUUCGGGCGAAUGACAUACUUGAAGGCCAGUAUCGGAGCAUGUGGCAUUACGGCCGACAUAAACUCAAACAGAUCGGCAUUCGCGGUAUCUUUGCGGGUUGGAGUCUGUCAUUCUUGCGUGACGCUUUCGGCUACGGCGUCUUUUUCUCAUUUUUCGAGUACAUCAAAUCGCAGGCAUACUAUUCAUUUAUCACCGGAUACUAUGGACCUUUGCGCAUUCAUUAUGUGAAUGAGCUGUUAUCUACUAAGUCCAGUGACCGCGAUGUUCCACUCAUCAAACCUCACUAUACUCUAGAGCCGUGUUUUUUGAUGGCCGCGGGCGUUGCGGCAUCCAUAGCCCAACAAGCAAUACAGCACCCGCUAAGCAUCAUACAGAACCUUCAUGUUGCUCGACUAGAAUAUUUGGAUCAUCAGGCAAGCCUCCACCCUUCCAGGCGGCAGAUGCUACGCCUUUAUUAUCUUGCCUAUCAGGAGACAUACAAACGAUGCAGGAAGAGGGCCACGCGAGCUGGUGGCUGGCGCCAUUGGUUGUUUCGCGGAUUUCCCAUCACGACCGUCAACAUUACUUCGCCAUCUUCGCCGUGUAUUUCCCCGAGCAUACCCUUGCAGUCUCUACAAUACCGGUCUCAGUCAUCUCCUGCGCAGUCUGUGAGAGUACACGAAUCUGCUAGCGAGAAGGGUAGCCGGCGUUCUUCUUUAUCUGUACAGUCUGUCGAGUCUGAGUAUUCUCUCUGGACAGGCACUGGCGACCUAGCUGAACAGCUCGCUAAUGAAGAAGACCCCCUCCGGAUCCGUCUCGGAGAAUCUCUGGAUCGUGAGAUCUCUAGUCGAUUGGGGUCGAGGGCGCGAGUAAAACAGCUGAAACGAGUACAUUACCCUAACGAAAGCAAUCUUGCCACUGAGCAAGCCGAACCCGAGAAGACAAUAGAGAUACCUUGUCCGCCGCCCCGACAUAUUUCGCGGGUUGAACGUCUCCUCGCUGUCAUAAUGUCUCCAGGCAAUCGGCAGACGGCACAAAUGCAUGGCUUGGUUGGGAAGCCACUGCUGUACUUCACUAGUGUCUUUGUAUCUUUAGGCGUCUUUCUUUUUGGCUAUGACCAAGGUGUCAUGUCUGGUAUUAUAACUGGUUGGUAUUUUAAGGAUUAUUUCAACCAACCGUCACGCGCUGCAAUUGGUACGGUUGUUGCAAUCCUCGAGGUUGGAGCCUUUAUAUCCUCGUUACUUGUUGGACGUGUUGGCGACUUGAUAGGGCGUCGCCGAACGAUUCUUUACGGCUCAAUAGUCUUUUUCAUAGGCGGAGCACUGCAGACAUUCGCAAAUGGACUUGCCAUGAUGAUGGUUGGUCGUAUCGUCGCUGGUUUAGGAGUUGGCGCGUUGUCAACGAUCGUACCUGUUUAUCAGUCUGAGAUAUCGCCCCCUCACAACCGAGGGAAGUUGGCGUGUAUUGAAUUCACUGGAAACAUUUCAGGAUAUGCAGCCAGUGUCUGGGUUGAUUACUUUUGUAGCUUCAUCGACAACAACUAUUCGUGGCGUCUACCGUUACUAUGCCAGUGUAUAAUGGGGGCUCUUCUUGGACUAGGAAGCCUCAUUAUAUGUGAAUCACCAAGAUGGUUGUUAGAUAAUGAUUAUGAUGAGGAAGGCAUGGUAGUUAUUGCUAAUCUCUACGGACAGGGAGACUUGCACAAUGACAAAGCAAGACAGGAGUACAGAGACAUCAAAAUGGAUGUUCUUCUUCAGCGGCAAGAAGGUGAAAGGUCUUACACUGACAUGUUCAAGCGCUACAAGAAACGGGUCUUGAUAGCCAUGUCCGCUCAGGCUUUAGCCCAAUUGAAUGGUAUUAACGUCAUCUCCUAUUACGCCCCGCUCGUUUUUGAAUCAGCAGGGUGGGCGGGCCGCGAUGCUAUUUUAAUGACCGGCAUCAAUGCAAUUUCAUACCUCGCAUCCACGGUUCCUCCGUGGUACCUUGUUGACCGCUGGGUUUACUUCCUAUACCCGGAGACUAGUGGCGUUCGUCUUGAGGAUAUGGAUACUCUGUUUGGGGACGCAACUACCGCCAUGCCAACACCCGCCUCUCAAGGAGAACGUGGCUCUCUAAUGAGCGUUGGUUCGCCUGUGCCUUCACUUGACAUACGGCGGCAAUAUGGACAGUUUGGCCCUGAAAAUGCCAUUCCUGGUCUAGAUAUCGAUCCUCCAACCAUCAAUGCUGGAGAGAACGCAAAAGUCGGUCAGCGUGGUUCUCAAGAUGGCGGUGGCCGCCUUGAGGGCCUUGGCGGUUGGAUCUCAAACAUGGUCUCUCGUCAUAAGGGGUCAUCUGGACAACGGCUCCAAGGCACUCAGUAUAGACGCCUUGGGCAAGAUGACGAGAACGAGUAA